CUCACAGCUCAGUGCUCACUUGCAGGGGUUAAGUUUAUUUUAUUCUUAAUACUUUUUGUAGUCCUAUGAUUUCAUAAUGGCUUUAAAUACUGAAAUUUAUUAUAUGUGUAACUAUGACGAUCAAUUAGGUGAUACAGCCCCUGAUAUCGUUAAGAAACUAUGGUCAGGACAAUGGAAUAUAGAAAACCCAGAUUUGGUUAAAGAAUUUCUUUCUUGUGAUUUGGAAACUGAUAAUUUAAGUAUUGCUGUGAAAAAGUAUCAAAAUGAUGACCGUAAAAUAAAAGAGGUGUUACAGACAGCUGUGUGUUCUUUUUUAACAUUCUGUGAUAUAAAUUGGAAUCCUCACCAUGAAGAGCUGGAUACAAAUAAAUAUUUAGGGGCUCAAUGGCCUCAAGAUAUAGGAGCAUUGUUAAAGUUGCAGCGUGAUUCCGAACCUUUGUACACAAACAUUUUACAUCCAGAGUUAUUAUAUUUUUCUUCACAAAUAUUCUCUGCACUGUGUUCUGUGGAACAAAGUUUUCUACAUCUUUGGUGGAGCUUCCGUAGCAAAGUUACACAUCAAAGAGUAUUGGAAGAUACCAGUGCUACGCUGUACAAUGAACUGGAGUUGAUCAUUGCCAAACUUUACAAUGCAUCACAAAUACUGGACAAACCUAGGUUGAAGAUAUUAUUGUAUUUGGAGAUAGCACAGGCAUACUUAAUGUACGGACGAGUGCAAAAAGUUGAACAGUACAUGUUGAAAGCAAAGGAAAUAGCUGGGUUAAAACUGGAGUUGACUGGUAUGCUGGGAAAGCGCACAAAGUUCCAACAAGAUGCAUUAGCACAGUUAGCGUUAUCUAGUGAACUAGAUAACGGUGUAGAGCGUCCAACAGCAGAACAAAGUCACGGUGAUUCAGACCUCCCAGCGGAGAUUGAACUGCAAGAUGAUGUGCGACUGAACAGAAUCGCCUUCAAUGAAAAUGUAGUGCAAGCUGAACUGCCUAGUUUGGAGCAAACAUUAUGCUUGCUGACGGUCCAAUACCUCCAAAAGUCUCAAGCAAAAGACGAUCUUAGAGACGAAGAAAUAAAGCCUUACAUAGAGACAAUAUUGUCUCAGAAGAGCGGGCCGUGGUCGACCCGUGUGGCCGCUUUACUUAUCCGCUGCAAGAUGGAGGCCAACCACAAACGAACGGUAGAACGUGCGAUGUUGCAAGCCGAGGCCAUAGUGAAUGAUAAGUCUGGUGUUGCAGCAACUAGCAGGUUGUCGUAUUUGUGGGCAACCGGCCUGUCGCCCGCUUGGAACUGGCGGCAACAACUGGCCGACCUGUACCUAAGUCUCGGCCUGGUGAAAGCGGCACUCGAAGAAUACCAGAGGCUGCAGUUGUGGGAGGACGUCAUUGUGUGCUACACUAUGUUGCAACUAAGACAUAAGGCUGCGGAAAUUAUCCAACAGCAAAUAGACAUCCAGCCGACCGUGAAGCUAUAUUGCCUUCUUGGAGACGCAACAGAUGAUGUCACCUGCUAUUCCAAAGCGUGGGAGUUCUCGAACCACAAGAGCAGUCGCGCGCAACGCCACUGGGGCAACUACCUCUUCGACCACAAGAAAUAUGAAGAGUGCAUUCCGCACUACGAACAAUCUGUCGACAUCAACUCUAUACAGGACAGAGUGUGGCUGCGAUUAGGAUACGCAGCACUUAUGACCGAAAACUGGGAACUAUCAGCUAAAGCAUACCGCCGUUACACAUACUUGCAUCCAAACACAUUUGAAGCUUGGAACAAUCUAGCAAAAGUUUAUGUGAAGCAAGGCGAUAAGAACAGAGCUUAUCGCGCUUUGAUAGAGGCGCUGAGAUUCAAUUACGAUAACUGGAAGCUCUGGGAAAAUGUUAUAAUAGUAAGCAUAGACACGGGCCAUUUUGACGACGUAAUACGUGGAUGCCACCGUAUACUUGAUCUACAACACAAGUUCGAGGAUGUCGAAUUACUAUCGCUUUUCGUUAGAGCUAUUUUAAAUGAUGAAAAGGAUGCAUAUGGGAAUAGUGCUGCCAGAUUACAAAAGCGUGCUCUUGAGUUGUUUGGCAGAAUAACAUCUAUUCAUCAAAACAAACCGGAAAUAUGGCAGUUGUAUUCAGACUUGAGUCCAACUUAUUUGUUGAAGGCACAACGUUUACUGAAAGCUUAUAAAGGAUAUACGCAGAGUGGUAGCUGGUCAAAUAACCCAGACACGUGUAAGAAAGUGAUGGAGCUAGCAGAAAAUCUCCUAGACUACAGCUUAAAAUCAAGACAGGAGGCGGAAGAAAAAGACCAUCUUCAAGCGAAUCAACAGCUGUCGUCGGCUCGACUAACGGGGCAGGCAGUGAUACGGGCAGCUGAGAAACAAGACUGGCCGGAAACUCAGAAAAUGCUAGAUGGUUUAAGAGAAUUGUUCAACAGUGUUACAGAAUAUAUGAAAUCGAUUAUGUAAA